AUGGAGGACUCAACAGGCUCUGAUCGUCCACUGAAGCGUGUCAAGUAUGCGCAACAGGAGGACCUUUCCAUUCCCACCCUCCCAGGGAACAUGGCCAUGGGGAUCAUCAGGCCUGUCGACAAUGUCCCUGGCUCUCUACCUGAUGCCCCAUUGUUUGCAACCCCGUGGUCGCUGCAGUCAGGCUUGACGUCUCCAUCGGAGAUGCUCAUGUCCCUCUCUGAGGAUCUCAACCAUACAUGGGCCACAGCCAUUCCAGGUGAGGAAACAUGCCAUCAACUGUCCUCGUCCUUACCAAUCGCCCAACAAUCUCCCAUCUUUCCCUGUUCUCCUCCAUCUUGUCCAACUCUCGGUCCCUCCCCCAUCCCAUUGAAAGGUGUCGAGGCUGCUCAAUGCCCUAAUCAUGCCAUGGUUGACUUUCAAGUCGGUGAGCUAACAUUCCAUGUAGCACCGCAUUCUGCAGGGCUGGACAUCGAACAUCACUCCGCCACACCCGGCCAACGUCAAACUUUGUCUCAUCAGGUUUCUCAUCAGUCCCGCCUGCCUCGCCUACUUCCCGCCGUCCCGGCUGAUCCUCUGGAGACCAUUCUUCUUCCCCACGACACUCGGUUACACAAGCGGCCCCCAAAGACCCUCUUUAGCCCCUUCACAGACGAAGAGGACCGCUUAGUCGAGUCCCGCGUCCCUCGUUAUGUCCGCCCUGAAAAUGGUCAAGUAAAUGGCUAUGUCAAGUUCAAUUGGCCAUCAAGAAGACCGUCUAUCCGACCAUUAGGCCCUGAUCCCCCUCCUAGUGGUGUCGUGGAGGAAAUUACUUCGGACUCGACACAGACAUCGACUGUCAGUCGUAGUUCCAGCAUCGUCAGCCUCAUCGGACCACCACCACCCGCCUCUUCCAGGUCAAGUACCGUGUCCGUGUCUCCAGGCUUUUCAGAUCUUUCCUGGAACCUCGUCCCCUCACCACCAAUGGGCUCAGUGUCACCAGUAUCUUCCCACGAAUCGGCAUUGCAACUCGUGACGCCUGGCGAGCCACGGAUGUUGCCACCGCACUUUGGGUUUCAGGCCAAGAUGGAUAUGAUGGAUAGGCGGCUGUGGGAUUUCUAUAUCAAAAACUGGUGCCCUGGUAGGAGUGUUCUCAAUAACACCAACCUAUGGCUGAAAGACUUCGCCCAAAUGCAUGAGAAUGAAGGCAUUCGAUGCGCCAUCCAGAGCUUAGCAGGAGUCUACAUCUAUGAUUAUCUUCCCGAUGAACGUAUUCGACAGAGAAUCAAUGACCGAUACAUGCUGGCAGAUGCACACUUUAGCAAUCUUCUCGUCUCCCCGGAGAGCUCUGAAAUUGGGAAGGGGAGUGAGGUCAUCACCAUGGCCGUUAUUCUCUCGAUGCAAGAUAUCGUCCUCACUGAGCGGCGACUCAAGAAGCCCUACACGCCUCGGUGGCUGGAGGGCUUCAAGCAAGGCGAACACUUCCUUCAUGUGACAGACCCGGGAGGUCGAUUCUGGCGAGAUAAUAACAUCCAGCUCACCAAUCUCCGCAUCUCGCAGUCCAUUAUCGUGGGUCGGGCUGUCAUUCUCGCUCAGCCCAUGAUGGAACUUAUUUCGCCAGCCGACCUCGACCCCGUGCAAGAGGCAUCAAGAUUCGGUUGGCUCCUCUAUGGCACCGAAAUGACCAUGUACGAGAUCCAUGGAGGUUGCGGUUUUUCCAAGAAGCUGUUGCACACCAUGAGCCAGAUCACUUGCUGUGCGGCACGUAUGCAGCAGGAACCCGAGAGUACUAUUGUGCCCAUCACGGCGCGAUACUUGCUUCGCGAGCUUCAGGAGAUGCGACAAUGGAGUAGCGAGUCGAUUCCAUGGGAAAUGGCCCAGGAACGCCCACAGCCCAUCGAAUGGAUUAGGAAGAAACCCGUUGACUUUGUUAUCGAUUGUGACCAGGAUAUGACAGACGCAACAGCCGAGGCGUGGAGGUUUGCCGCGAUCAUCUAUUUACAAUGCCGGCUUUUAAGGCUACCCCGCAACCACCCAGAGCUCCUUAGCAACAUGACGGACUUGGCCAAAUGCAUUCGUAUCAUGCCCACAUCCGGCUCGCACUUUACCGCCCAAGCACCCCUCCUCCCGGUUUUCUUCCUUGGGUUGCUUGCUACAGAUCCCGAUCAUAAGUGGGUGUCGCAGGCUUGGUUUGAGCAGGUAGUGCAGACACCAGUGCGAAGUAGCGUGCCACCCUUGUAUCAGGCUUUAAAGCGCAUUUGGGUCUGGAUCGACGCCGAGGUCGAAAUCCCGUCUAUGCCCACCGCGCUACCAAAGUCUAUCGGCAUGAGGCACCCUUGGUGGGAACGCCUCGUCACAAAUAUCCACGACAAAGAAGAAGAGACCCUGUGCCUAACAUAG